GAAAACCUCUCAAUGAGAAUAAGUACAUCAUGUGCAAAAAUCAGAUCCGAAUCAAAGGUGAGAGAGAAAUUAGACAAAGAUCGCCAAGGAUAGCUCCAUUACAGCGCCGGCUAUAAGUGCAAAAAGUCGUCAAGCAUACGCCAAAACUAUCUCCCUUAAUGUAAAUCCAACAAAAAGCCACACUGGCAAAGCCAAUGUCUUCUUAUUGUCUCUAUCUCACCUCCUUUGAAACCUUCUUCGAUCCUCUUCAUAAAACCCUAGUACUUUUCCCUCUAGUUUUGAUCUCUCCCUCUCAUCUCUAGCUAGCUAAAGAUCUAUUCUAAUACAAACAGAAAGAACUGAUCUAAUUUGUCCGGGUGAUUCGAUCCAAUCUGUAUUUCUCCUUUCAGUACUUCAUAACAAGCCAGGUCUCUGAUCAGCAUGGAAUCAGGCAAGCAAGGAGGCUCGGAGUCUUCAAGCGAAGAGAACGAUGGAAUAGAUCAGCAAGUCAAAGAUACUGACAUGAGCAGUACCAAACGCUCUUACAAAUGCUCAUUCUGCAAGCGGGGCUUCACCAACGCGCAGGCCUUGGGAGGGCAUAUGAACAUACACCGCAAAGAUCGAGUCAAGGCGCCCAAGCAACACACAAGCGGCCCUUCGUUUUCAAAUAAAUCGGACGAGGAUAACAUCCCUUCUAGUUUCAUUUCAGUACCGGUUCCAUGCGAUCCAUCAAACUAUAACUUCCCAGCUUUUGAGGUGCAGAAGAACUGUCAAAUGUACUUUCAGCCAUCAGCAUCAGGCUCUAGACACCCACAAGCAACAACUUUCCGUCAGAGUGAUUUGUCUGAUUCAAGGUCCCAGUCCUGGAGAAUGAACCAGGAACUUUUGAGCGCAAAUUUAAGCCUUCGAAUUGGCCCCAUGCAUGCAGAUCAGGAAGACAGAAGGAAGAGGGGAGUUAACAAAGCCGAUGAAGUGGACUUGGAGCUUCGACUAGGUCAUGAUCCAUAUUGAAAUUAACUGUUUUUAUCAGUGAAAUAGUUAGCUAGCAAGAUACAUGAUGUGAUGCAUGUAUAUAUACCCUACACAGCAUAUAUUGUACAGAGGCGGCCGGAGUUCUUAAUUCUAAAGCUUACUACAUGAUUAAGACAUGGGUUUCAUGAAAUUAAUUACAUAGCUAGAUUAUAGUUGAAUUCCAUUUUGUAAAUAUUAUAAGGACGACAUAUAUCUUGAAAGUGAGUAACAGGUCAACGUGAAGACAUAUUGUUGUUCAAAGUUGCACAUGCAAAGAUUAAUGGAAGGGAAACUACAGAAGAG